UUUACACAUUUGAUACGAACAUGUACAAUUAUUUGUCGGAAAGAGAUCAGAAUACAGAAGUUGCAGUUAAAAUUACAAAAGAUAAGAACGGUGUCGAUCUUGUUACACUUCAAAACCCUAGGGGGUUUUCCGCACAGGUCAGUUUGCAUGGAGGUCAAGUUCUUUCUUGGAAAAACGAACGCGGCGAAGAACUGUUGUUUAGAAGUAGUAAGGCAAACUCCAAGCCACCUGCAGCUGUAAGAGGAGGAAUUCCCAUUUGCUUUCCACAGUUUGGAAAUCGAGGUUCUCUCGAGCAACAUGGAUUCGCCCGAAACAAAAUAUGGGAAAUCGACAACAAUCCUCCUCCUCUACAUGAUAAUGAUUGUGACAGGAAAGCCUUUAUCGACAUGCUGCUUAAACCGUCUGAAGAAGAUAUGAAAAUUUGGCCUCAUAGAUACGAGUUUCGACUGAGGGUGUUGUUGACUUCCGAUGGGGCUCUGAAGUUGAUAUCACGCAUAAGAAACAUCGGUUCCAAGGUGUUUAGCUUCUCAAUUGCAUAUCACACGUAUUUCUCGGUGUCUGAUAUCAGUGAAGUAAGAGUCGAAGGCUUGGAAACGCUCGACUAUCUCGAUAACUUGCACCACAAAGAACGUUUUACAGAGCAAGGAGACGCUCUCACUUUUGAAACGGAGGUGGAUCGAGUCUAUAUUGGUUCCCCUCAUAUGAUCGGGGUGUUUGAUCACGAAAAGAAACGAACUUUUCUCAUUCGGAAGGAAGGCCUACCUGAUGCAGUGGUUUGGAACCCGUGGGAGAAGAAAGCGAAGGCGAUAACAGACAUGGGGGACGAAGAGUAUCGACAGACAAUUUGUGUUGAUGGGGCAGCGAUUGAAAAACCGAUUACUUUGAAACCAGGAGAGGAAUGGACGGGUCGUUUAGAGAUUUCUGCCCUCCCUUCGAUUUAAUCAGUCAUUUAACGUAAUAAAAUUUUAGAAACGAUGUAUAUUUUCAGUUUAUAUUGUAUCGAAUAAAUAAAUUUAUAAGUAGUUUUUU